AUGAGAUACGUGGACGUUUGUUCCCUAUGUCCUUAUGUAUUGAAACACAGACCAUUUCCCGUAGGGCAUCCCGAGAUCAUCACAGACGAGUUCCAGGAUGUGAGAAGUUAUUUCGGCCUCAUUCACUGUCGGGUCUUACCUCCCCGAGGCCUCUAUCACCCCGUAUUACCUUAUCGGACGGGAGGCAAGUUAUUGUUUCCCUUAUGUCGAACGUGUGCCGAACGACAGGACUCUACUUCUCAACAUCCAUGUCAACACACCGACCAGGAACGUAGUCUCACGGGCACCUGGGUGACAACCGAAUUACAUAAAGCCCUGGACAUGGGAUAUACCUUAGAGCGAAUCUACGAAGUGUGGCAUUUUAAAGAAAGCAGUCAAGAGUUAUUCAGAUCCUACAUCGAUACCUUCCUCAAGAUCAAACAGGAAGCCUCCGGAUUUCCCCCCGACUGUAAGACCUCAGAUCAAGAACAAGAUUACAUUCGACAAGUCUUACACAAAGAAGGUAUCCUAAUGGACAUUCUCAGUAUCGAGAAGAAUCCAGUGAGAAGAACCAUCGCUAAACUCUUUUUAAAUUGCCUGUGGGGAAAAUUUGCUCAACGCUUGUUAUUACCCAUAGCCAGAUACUUGGACGAAGAAGAGGAAUUACAGCAACUCUUACAAGAUUCGACUCUCGACAUCAAGGGCAUGCAACUCUUAGUUAAUAAAGAGAACCCCAAUGAAGACAAGAUGCUAGUGAAUUAUCAAGACAAGCAGGAAUUCGUCGAAGAAUGUCCCUUUGGAAACGUGGUCCUGGCUUGUUUUACCACCGCGCAUGCCCGCUUACACCUCUACGAGACUUUACAACCUUUAGGAGAUCGGGGCCUUUAUUUCGAUACGGAUAGUAUCAUUUAUCAACAUCGGGAAGGAGUCUUUAAUCCUACCUUGAGCAAUAGUUUAGGAGAAUGGACCGACGAAUUAGACGGGGAUCACAUCACCAAAUUCAUGUCGGCAGGUCCUAACAAUUAUGGUUACCAGACCAAAGGAACCGAGACCCUUAAAGUCAAAGGAAUCACUCUCAACCAUCGAACCUCUCAAAUCGUGUCCCUAAACACUUUACAAAAAAUGCUCAAAGGAGAAAUAGAGGAAGUUACAGUACCCUAUCCCAACAAAAUCCAGAGGACCCGUGAUCAUGACGUCGUGACCAAACCUUUAGAGAAAAAGUAUAGAAUUGUGUAUGACAAGAGACAAAUUGUAGAGAAUUAUAACACUUUACCUUAUGGUUAUUGA